GCCUCCCCCCACUCACUCUCCCUUCCCCUGCAAGCCUCCGCAUUCCUUCCGAAACGAAAACCCCAAAUCCCCAAACCCCAGCCCCUCCUCCAUGGCGGGCUGGAGCCGGCGCGACGGCGGGAUGGGGGGCGGCAACUACGGCUCGCAGAUGGAUGCGUCGCUGAGGCUCAUCGCCUCCGCUGCCCUCAGGGGGCGGACCGCCGGCAUGAGUCCCGAGAUGGCGGAGGAGAUGAAGCGCUCCAUAGCCUCGUCGGAUUGCGAAGGGAGAGCAGGGAGGAGCUACAUGGAGUUUCUGGACAGAAUUACUGAGGACUCUGAAGAGGAAGAGCACCUGGGGCCACUGCAUGAUGCAGCAAGGGAGGCCAAAAUGGAUACUUGCAAGCACUUGGUGGAGAAUCUUGGGUUUGAUGUCGAUGUUCGUGCUAAUGAUGGCUCGGGUAAGACUCCUUUGGCUUGUGCGGUGUCGUGUGGCAAAGUGAUUGCUGUGAGGUAUCUUCUUCACAAAGGUGCUGAUGUUAAUAAGCAAGAUGUCAUGGGCUUCGCUCCUCUGCACUAUACUGCCAAACGAGGAUACGAUGGAAUAGCACGUCUGUUGCUAUCUAGAGGAGCUAAUGUUGAUUUGAAUUCUUCUGAAGGGACACCGCUACAUGUUGCUGCUGUGCAUGGGAACUCUGGUGUCAUGCAGAUUUUGUUAGAGCACCAUGCAGAUCCAGAUAGGGUUUCACCGGAUCUUUGUACACCCCUGGCCGAUGUUCUUUGUGCCGUUAUUGAAAAAAUUAGCGAAUCUGAUUGCUUAAAGUGCAUGAAGCUCCUUGUCAAGGCUGGUGCUGAUUUGAAUUCUACGAAUCCUGAUACUCCAUUAGUUAUAGCAACUAGCAGGGGCCUACAUGGGUGUGUUGAUUACUUAUUGGAGGCUGGUGCUGAUGCAAAUAUUCCAAAGAAACAUGGUGGCAGCACACCUAUAGAAAUUGCUGCAAAGUCUGGAUCAAGAAGUCUUGUGGAGAGUUUAUUACCUUUCACUUCACCCAUUCAAACUAUUUCUGACUGGAGCGUUGAAGGAAUCAUUGCUUAUGCAAGAUCAAGGCACUCAGAAAACAAGGGGCAUGAAUCUGACGAGCAUAGCAACAUUCAGCAGAACUUACAUCAUGAAACUGCGGUCAGGGAGGAUACUGGGGCAUCAAGGGCCUGCACCGAGGAUAAAUUAAGUGAUGAAGAUAAAAAGGCUCAGCUAAAAAUGCAUGGUGGAAAAGCAGUUGCACGAAUGGACUAUGCUGGUGCUUUGAAAUUCUAUACAGAGGCAAUCAUGUUGGACCCUGCUGAUGCAACAUUAUAUUCAAAUCGGAGCUUAUGCCAUCUGAAAAUUGGUGAAAAAGUGGAUGCUCUUGUCGAUGCUAAUACUUGCAUAAGCCUGCGGCCUGAGUGGCCAAAGGGUUACUACCGUAAAGGAGCUGCCCACAUGUCCCUCAAGGAGUACAAAGAAGCACGUGAUGCAUUCAUGGAUGGGUUGAAACUGGAUCCUUCAAAUUUGGACAUACAGAAUGCUUACUGGGAGGCUGAUGAAGCAAUGAUCAAGAAAUAUUCUGCUGGACAAAGUGCCUGGCCAUUUGAGUAGGGCUUGGGCGAGUUUCAGAUGUUUCUCUUUUUUGAGAGGACAGAAGUUUCCUUCGAUCAUCACAAUGUUCUGUAUAUCACAAGGAGAAAGUAGUACUAGUACGCUCUUUUUAUGGUUCCCUGCUAGCCUCUGAAGUGGCAGUUUCUGUUGGUCGGACAUAAAGAAGGGAUUUCUGACCAGUGCCUCAACUUGCGAUUUUGCCAUAACUUGAGAAACAGUAGUUGGCAUUUGCUGUAAGCAGUGGUUGUGUUUGAAAAUGUUUGCAUUUACCGUCGCGAUCAUCCCGCGAUUACUACUAUUGCGGAUAAUAUAGCUAGCAUGAUGCUCUGACUUUCUAUA